AUGGCACUUUAUUCUUCAGGGAUGGUCCGGACAGUAGCCCGGACCGGUGUCACCUUCGUGCCCCGACGAACACUAGCCUCAACCCCCAUCCGUUCCGCGGAUUCCAAUGCCGACAAACCCUCAGGUGGAUGGUGGUCCAACAUGAGGAACAUGAUCGGUGGUGGCGUGCCAACAGCUCAAGUCACCCAGCGACCCGCAGCCCCCAAGAAGGAUGAAAGUUCACUAGGCGCCAAAUCGAUCUUCGGAUCUGACUUCCAACCGUCCAAGGGCCAAAUGCCCUCCAGGGGACAAGGAGCUCAAGAAACUAAAUCUCCACGCGAUAACAACAUUAUGCAACGAGGACUCCAGCCAGAUCCCAACACCCAGUUGAGUUGGGAGAGAAAAAUGGCCGUCCGCGAGAUCCGCAAGCGAGGUCGUCUACCAAAGCAUGUCCAGAUCAAGCGCACCGAGCGCGAAUCGCUCUCCAAAUCCGUUUUCUUCAAGACGUCAGUGAAGAAGCUGGGUCCUCUGGCCCGACAGAUCGCCGGCAAGAACAUCGACGAGGCUAUUCUCCAGAUGCGCUUCAGCAAGAAGAAGGCCGCCCAGGAUGUCUUGGGACACCUCGAACACGCCAAGAACGUCGCCAUUGUCCGCUCCGGUAUGGGUAUCGAUGACGCAAAGGAGUCCAAGCCCCUUACCGUCAUCCUCAAGAGCGGCGAACGCAAGAAGAUCGAGAAGCCCACCGAUAUCUACAUUCAGGAGGCCUGGGUUAACCGUGGCCCGUACGGACGUGAGAUGGACCACCGUGCCCGUGGUCAGAUUAACAUGAUGCGUCCCCCUACCACAGGUAUCUCUGUCCUGUUGAAGGAGGAGAAGACUCGCAUCCGCGAAUGGGAGGACCGCGACGCCAAGGCCCAGCGUGCUCGCCGCGACCAGCUCUGGACUCAACUGCCGGAUCGCAAGAUUCCCACCCAGAACCAGUACUACAGCUGGUAA